GAAGGUCUCAAUUUGAGACGAGGGAGAGUCAGGACCCGACCCAACAUUUUGAAGGCAAAAGAGCCCGUUUUCUUUUUCUCUUCAGUUAUUUAUUUUCUGGGAAAACAAACAGAUUGAUUCAGCUUCCCACUAGCAGAUAAAAAAAUGACAGCCAGUUAUUGUUAUUCCCAGAAGAAGUAACUAACAAAAUUAAUUGAAUUUUUGGAAGCUCGUCGAUCCAUCAAUAAUUGCUGAAUUUUUCAAAUUCUCGUUGUUAUUUUUGAGCUAAAUUAUACUUCAUAUAAAAAAUGGGUCGUUCCCGUGGAAAGUUUCACUCUGCCGAUGACGACCCAACCCAGAGAUCAAGGAGAAAGAAAAAUGCUGCUACCGGAGAAAAUUUAGAAUCUUCAUCAGCAGUGAUCCUAAACUUCGGCCCGGGGAGAGUAAAUCCUGUCACCAAAAAGAGUUUAGCUAGCUGCUUGAUUCUGAGGCUGUACGUAUUGCGAAAUUGCUUAGUCUUAUGUUAGUUUGAUAUUUGGAAAUGUUGCUAACUUGAGGUCAAGGAACAAGUGAUGGGAAAAAAGCUUUGUACCAUUGUAAUUAUUGCAAUAAAGAUAUAACUGGUAAGAUACGUAUCAAGUGCGCAAUUUGCCCUGAUUUUGAUCUAUGUAUAGAGUGCUUUUCUGUUGGAGCAGAAGUUUCACCUCACAAAAGCAAUCAUCCUUACAAGGUUAUGGAUAAUUUGUCUUUCCCUCUAAUUUGCCCCGAUUGGCAUGCAGAUGAUGAGACACUACUAUUAGAGGGAAUUGAAAUGUAUGGACUAGGAAAUUGGACAGAGGUUGCUGAGCAUGUGGGAACAAAGAGCAAAGAAAUGUGCAUCGAACACUAUACAAAUGUUUAUAUGAGUUCCCCAUAUUUUCCUCUUCCAGAUAUGUCUCAUGUGGUAGGAAAAAAUAGAAAGGAGCUUCUUGCCAUGGCUAAAGGACACGAGGACAAAAAAGUAGGGUCCUCUAUGCUUGGCGAGCAUACUUUGAAAGAGGAGUCACCAUUUUCUCCUUCCAGAGUCAAAGUUGAAGAAAUGCAUAAAGGGCCACACCUUGGACGGUUACUGUCCCCAUUAAAUACAGAAGCCGAAUCUGGAAUCCGUACUAAUAGCAUAAAUGCAGCAGCAAAAUCUGCUAAUAAGAAGGCAUCAAAGAUAGCCCGCAUUAAAGAUAGCCCCAGUGUUGUUAAAGUUGAAGAUCCUCAAACAGAUAGGACUUUUAAAGGGAAAAAACCAAAUCCUGCUGGGAAAGAUGGAUCUUUAGUAGAGUCGAGUGGCUACAAUGCCAAAAGGCAAGAAUUCGACCCUGAAUAUGACAAUGACGCCGAGCAGUUGCUGGCUGAGAUGGAAUUUAAAGACACUGACACAGAAGAUGAGCGUGAGCUGAAGCUGCGAGUGCUCCGUAUCUAUGCAAAGAGGCUUGAUGAGAGAAAGCGCAGAAAGGAUUUUAUAUUGGAAAGAGAUUUGUUAUAUCCAAAUCCUUUUGAGAAGGACUUAUCUCCUGAUGAGAAAGCACUAUGUCGGCAAUAUGAUGUCUUCAUGCGUUUUCAUUCUAAGGAAGAGCAUGAUGAUUUACUUCAGACCGUUAUAUCAGAACACAGAACUCUGACAAGAAUUCAAGAACUCAAGGAAGCCCGAGGCGCUGGUUGUCGUACAUCUGCUGAAGCAGAUAGAUAUCUUGAAGAGAAACGAAAGAGGGAAGCUGAAGAAAGUUGCGAGAGAGCAAAAGAAAGUGGGCCAAGUAACCAGGGAGGUCCAAAUGUUUAUAUGGGAUCAGAGUCAUUUAGCAAGGAUUCAAAUUCAAGAAUGGGUGGACAGAGCUACGUUAAUGAUUUUGACAGAUUGGGAUUUCACGAGUCUCAGUUACUCUCUGAAGCUGAGAAACGACUGUGCCAUGAGAUUAAGCUGCCAGCACCUGUGUAUCUGAAGAUGCAGGAGGUGAUGACGAAAGAAAUAUUUAGCGGAAAUAUCAGUAAGAAAUCUGAUGCUCAUCCCUUAUUCAAGCUUGAUACCACCAAAGUUGAUAGAGUUUAUGAUGUACUUGUGAAGAAGGGGAUUGCUCAGCCCUGAUGCUACUGCAUUUUAGUUGUAAAUUCUUAAUGAAAAUGAAAAUCUACUUGCUCCCUACUUAUUAUGUAGCUUUAUCCCCUUGCAUGUAUUUUAAGUUUGAACUCUCAAUUUUUGAAAGAAAAAUUUUUUUUAUUGAGAAUAACAAUUUUUUUUAGUAUUAA